AUGUGCAUAUCCGUGCUGUCGACAUCACAUCCGGACUACCCUUUCAUCCUAAUCAGUAACCGGGAUGAGUAUAUCAACCGACCAACUCUGCGAGCAAACUGGUGGGAUCCUCCAAACCAACAAGUUCUCGGCGGCCGCGAUACGCAGAGAGCAGAACGAGGAACAUGGCUCGGAAUCACGAAACAAGGCCGAAUAGCCGUAUUAACAAAUUUCCGCGAAGAAGGCGUCGAAGUCAACAAGAACAAAAGUCGCGGAGCAAUCACGAAUUCAUAUCUAUGCAUCCCUCCAGAAAGCCAAGAAACAGAAGAAGAGUACGCUCGAAGAUUAUUAAACGAAACCGGAAUCCACGAUGUCGGAGGCUUUACUCUCAUUUUUGGGAAACUUCGAUCCCCAAAGAUUCAUCAGAAUACUCCUACUACAUCUACCUCAGGAGGCCUAUCCAUCCUCUCCAACAAAACCUCCUCCCCCACCUCCCUCCCCCGAAUCGCCACAACCCGCCACGAAACCCACGGGCUGAGCAAUUCCCACUACGGCGACAAAACCUGGCCGAAAAUCGUCCUCGGCGAAACCCUCCUCUCCCAAACCAUCCAGAACUCCACAAAAACCCAACAAUCCCAACCCGAAUUCCUAGAAUCCCUCUUCCAAAUCCUCUCCCUCGACACGCUCCCCAAAACCUCAGAUUGGAAUGCUUACGUUCGACAUAUGCGAGAUUCCAUUUUGAUUUCUCCGGCGAAAGGGGAGUUGGCGGAACGGAUGGCGGGGUAUGUUCCAGCGACAUCGGUCAGUGAGACUGCUGCGUAUGGGACUUCGAAGCAGACAGUGAUCUUGGUGGAUGCGAAGGGGAAGGUGACGUUUGUGGAGAGGACGUUGUUUGAUCAGGAGGGGAGGGUGGUGGGGGAGGAUGAGAGGGAUUUGAGGUUUGAGUUUGAGAUUGAGGGGUGGGAUGGGGAGUGA